CCCGACUGUCGACCGAAUGCCCAAGGCAUUGUGGGAGUCAUGAUUCCAAGAUGCCCGCGACGGAAAAUGGAACUUGUCAGCUCCUUGUCACGGGAGCAUUGUGGGCGCCACAACUCACUCAGCUGCAGUGAAAAGACUGUUGCAUGUCUCUGUGCAGCCUCUUAUCGCCGAGGUCUGGCUUCCGCUGCUGCUGCGCGGCCCCUCCCCCGCCCGCCCAGCCCCACCAGGAAGCCCAGGGCGGACUCGUGCAGCUCCUAAUACACGCGGCGGCGAGAAAAACGCUCUUCAACUUUUGGCUGGCGCCCUCCCGCGCUUCCCCGGGCCCCAGGGUCGCCUGUCAACCGGACAGAGUCCGCAAGGGCGGGUCAUGGGCGCUCGCCCCGCGGCGCCGAGAGCAGGAGGAAGCUGGAGCCCGCGCGGGCGCCGUGGAUCCCCUCGGCCUCCCGUUGGUAUCUUCCAUCUCAUGCGUUCAACAUUGUAACCUCGCGGCGGGCGUGCAGACGGGACGCCCUCCAGCUACUUAUACUGACUAGGUCGACACACCAGUGGGUUCGUUUUGAAAGAGGCCCUUGCACUGGGCUUUGCAAGGAAGCCGGCAAGGUUAGAUUGAAGGUUAGAAGCCGAUUAGACUAGAGUCCUGCGAUCUGGUGAGACUGCCGCCUUAAAAUGCACCAAAGAGUUUUGAACCUGGAGGGCUAACAGGCGGGAAAAACAUCUGCAAGAUUGCCACUGUGUAUUUUUCUCAAGUAACUGCCGUCCACAGUUUUGGAAAUCCUUAGUGAAACUGUCACACAAGCACAAACACUCAUAUGUCAGCUUUCCUUCUACUUUGUAAAUAAUAUUUGUAAUUUACAAGCCACUGUAUUUCCAACUUUACACCAUGUGAUUUAGAGAAAGCAAAGCUCCCUCUUUAAAAAUAAUACAUUACUUUCUGAAAUACCGCGAUAUUCCACGGCAAGUAAGCCAUAUUGUCGCUAGAGCAAAUAAACCACAGCCCCACAUUAUAAUUCACUGGGUGCUGUAAGAUGUAA